GCCGGACCCCCGGUAAUCAUGAUUAGAUAAGACAAGCAUCGAUGGAUCGCGAACAAGUGUCUCACUCUUCACCGACUGCCAAUGGCCAUGGCCACAACCCCAUGCUGGAGGAAAGCGAUUGAAAAUGCGCUCUUUGCGCAUUCAAAAUCAGUUGUGAUCCAGCUCGCUUCCAUCGACCCGAACUCGCCAAUACCCCAUGUUCGCUCUCAUAUAUUUCGUUCAUUCCUUACAUCCAAAAAGAACCCAGAAAGCGAGAGACUUCCCCUCAUCCUCACGACCACAGACAUUCGCACCCCCAAAGUCAAACAGAUCAUCGAGAACUCGCACGUCGAAAUUGCAUGGUGGAUUGAAGGCACUCAGGAACAGUUUCGUAUUUCUGGAAUCGCGAGCGUUAUUCCCGCUCGUGAUCAUCCGCUUUACAAGUAUUUUGAAGACGCUAUCAAAGUUGCCGAACCCUCUUCCGGAUUGAGGAAGAUUGUAGGCGAAAAUGGAACGGAUUUUGACUGGGAAGAGAAGAGAGGUGAGGUUUUUGCGACGAUGAGUCCUUAUGCGAAAGCAGGUUGGUGCAGACCCGCACCGGGGAGUCUCCUUACUGGAGGCGAGGAGGAGGCGAAGAAAUGGCCAGUGAGAGUCGAGAAACCAGGUGAUGAGAAGAGCGAGGACGGGAAAGAAGUGUCCGAGGAAGAGAAGGCGAAGAAUAAAAAGAAUUGGGAGACGGCUCUUGGAAACUUUGCGGUGAUGAUUGUGGACCCAACUGAGGUUGACUAUGUCGAAGUAGGCGUGUUUCCGAACAGAAGAACUAAGUUCUGGAGAAAUGAACGAGGUUUUUGGGAGGAAUCCCCGCUGGUUCCUUAACAUAGAACGAUAGAUAGAUACUGUAAUAUAGAAUACACAGAUUCGGCAGAUAGAACGCAAAAUUCCCGUAUUUAUCGAACAAUGAGAUUUUCGC